AUGGCCCUAUCCCCAGGCAUGCAGCCCAGCCCGGGCCAGGCAGCCUGUCAGGGCGCCACAAAGGGAGCAUUCACGGGCCUGGUGCUAGGCAUCCUCAUGGGCUGCUGGGAGGAAAAGCGGUUUGUGAUGCGCAACUGUCUCAAGGAGUACCACCUGCGCGAGUGCCCCACUCGUCUGUUUGCUGUGAUGAUUAGAGCCGUCACCACCGCGCCAGCAGGCGCUGUUCGCACCCUCCUAUCCGAGGCAGCGCUGGCCAUGCACCCGGUGGUGCAUGCGCAGCGCUCGGUAGCAGCAGGGCUGGCUGCUGCAGGUGUGUUUGGGCUGGGCGGCUGGCUGGAGCAGGAAGAGGAUCGUCAGAAGCAGCAGCGGCAGCAGUGGGAGCAGCAAAUUGGCAUGUCAGAUUGCGACUGA